GAGCGCGCCACCUCCGCCAGAGCGCGCAUUGAGGAGACAGAAGUCUGUCCGCAUAGCUCUGCCAUCUGAAGUUUCUCACUGUCUUUGCUUGGGAGUUUUGUUUCGGAGGUAAACAGGAGUGGGAAUUUAUAACCUAUAGAGGAACAUAACUUUAGUAAGCCAGCCGUUUUAUUUUGGUGUCAUUUGUGCAAUAGCCGAGCAUCAUCACUGGGAAAUAUGCACGAGUAACGGUUCAUACGGAAUCUGGGCUUGAGUUUCCCUCCUGAGCGGAAUAGAGAAGUUUUUACUCUGUGUAUGAUGCUUUGGAUUAUUUAGACGAAAAAGAGGAUCAUGGUCCGACAAACACAGGAUACAGUUUGGGAUUGUUAAGGUCUUGUAAAUCAGCAUCGGUAUUUUAACAGCGCGAAGCAAAUACAGUCGUUUGGAGGGAACAUAUGACAGCAGCACGCGGAUUCCCUGUCAGAAACAGCAAGAUGUAUAUCUAUAUUUACGGCUUUCUGCUCUUUUUAGAUGAGCUAGUGCUGACCAUGUCAAGCUCUUCUACUCUCUCCGAAUCUGUGCACCAUGAACCAAUGGACUGUUUAAGGGCCACUGAGAAAUGUAACCAGGACCAAAAAUGCAGCCAGCGCUUCAGGGUCAUGAGGCAGUGUCUAGCCGGCAAGGACAGAAACACCAUGCUGGGCAAUAAGGAUUGCCAGAUAGCCAUGGAAGUGUUGCAGGAGAUGGCUCUGUUCGACUGCCGCUGCAAGAGGGGGAUGAAGAAGGAAAUGCAAUGCUUGCAGAGUUACUGGAGCAUCAACAUAGGCCUGAACGAAGGUGAGGACUUUUAUGAGCCGUCUCCUUAUGAACCCAUGACUCCUCAUCGCAACUCAGAUGCAUUUCGCCUGGCAUCAAUCAUCUCAGGCAUACAUUCUGGCACUGGUAAAGGCCAGCCGCAUUGCUCGGAUCCCAGCCGCCCGUGCAAUCCCUGCCUGGAUGCCACCAAAGCCUGCAACCUGAACGAAAACUGCAAGCGCCAGCGAUCCAACUACAUUUCCACCUGCAACCGAGCACAGGCGCAGGGGCAGCAGCCUUCGCAGACGCAGUCCAAGUUGGAUGAAAGCUGCAACAGGAAGCGCUGCCACAAGGCCCUGCGUCAGUUCUUCGAGAAAGUCGACACGCAGUACAGUUACGGGCUGCUCUUCUGCUCCUGUAAGGACCAGGCCUGUGCCGAGAGAAGACGACAGACCAUCGUGCCCCACUGCUCGUACCAGGACAAGAACAAACCAAAUUGCUUGCAGCUGCGCAACACAUGCCGCAUGGACGUACACUGCAGGUCAAGGCUGGCUGAUUUCCAUGCAAAUUGUCAGAUGACCCCUCACUCCACCUCCAGGUGUCUGAACGAUGACUAUCAGGCCUGCCUGGCAUCCUACAUCAGACUCAUUGGUACAGAUAUGACCCCUAACUACGUAGACUCAGGUCACUCAAACUUCACCAUCUCCCCGUGGUGUACCUGCCGAGGCAGUGGAAAUCAGGAGGAGGAAUGUGAGAAAUUUCUACAGGACUUCAGAGAAAACACCUGCCUCCGAGAUGCGAUUCAGGCUUUUGGCUAUGGGUCGCUACCCAAACUUGAUCCUCAGCCAACUAGCGGCUCCAUUAAACCUGAUGUCGAGGCCACUGCCAUAAUUCCCAAAACAACCAUGGAACCUGGGGAGGAGCCCUGCAUCAUCUCGUCCUGUGCAAAUUUACAUGAACUUGGAGAGGAUUGCUAUCCUUCAAAAGACUACAACUGUGAAAAUGAGGUUCCUGGCAGUCCACCUAACACAAGGGUAGAAGAUCCCAGGAAUUCAAGUCCAUUCACAAAAAAAGCCCCGACUGGCGUCUUUAUGCUCUGUCUGCUUUUUGCUCUCGGAAAGCUCACUAUAUAAAGCUUCAUACGCCUGCACAGCGAGUACAAGGCCGAUGGAAACUCUUCAUGAUCAUCUUCGAAAACAAACUCACAACUCUCUCCUCUUUACUGCAGCUUUUUCCCUAAAUCAAACAAUCGAACCGAACCGAGAGACGACACAGAGACACAUAUCGGAAAGACUUACAAAGGCAGAAUGAGAGAGAUGCUGACUUAAUAAUCAAAUAACAAACAAAUGGAUGUUGCUUAAUGGAUACCGAAGACCUGUCGGGUGUGUAGCUAGGUCUUAUUGCUUAUAUCGGUGGACCUGCAACUAAAAACCCAGGCACAGAGCUUUCCAGUCUACCGUACAAUCUCCUACCACCCACACGGCCUAUAAAACGGCCUGAAUUACCCAAUGGAUUACACAGUCUUUGAGAAACACUCUCCAUCUUGGUCCCACUGCCCAUUUAUCGGGUUUUUCAAGCUCCUCUUUGACAGGUGCUUCAGCUUUCUCAUCGUGAUUAUUCUUUCUGGAUCCGUCUUUUUCGUUCCUUUGUCCACCCGUCGAACAGGAGUAAUUACUUUCCCGUGUUCCUUUUAAAACGCUGAAGCUUUGAAGUAUAAAUCCGCACGCACGUCGAGACGGCACGCGGCGGACGUCUCCGUCCGUGACGUUCCGUACUUAACUUUGACAGAUUCAGAGAAAAAAGAACGUUGAGAUGAAAGUUGAUGAAAACGUAACAGUGGAUCAACAAGAGCAGCAGAUCUUUACGGGAGGAUUACCCACGGUCCCUGUGGGUUUGCAGUAUCGAUGGGCUACCCACGUGUAUAAUUUUGUCUGUGAAUAUGAAUGUUUUUUUUUUCCAAAAAUACAGCUGUUAAUUAUAUGUAAUGUCUUUACAGAUGUUGAUAAGACUGAAAUAAGACGACUUAACGUUAAUAGUAACUGCAGAGCUUCAAAAAGGAAAAAUCUUGACAAGGGUGGCGAGCGUUCAGACACAUUCAUUGUUACGUGAUGAUUCGUGUGCAAUUUAUGAUGUGGCCUUACUCUUUGUUUUUCCUCCUCAUUACUUUUUAGUCGCUUUGGCAGCAUCCUGUACGGUAAAAGAUGAUGCGAAGUUUCGAUAUGGAAAAAGUGUAUUCAACCCAGUUCACAGAUUCAGUAAAUGCACUGAUUCUUUUAUCAACAUUCCAAAUAAUGAAGUUAAAUACGAACAGACAUCUAUAUAAAUAUAUAAAUAUAAAUGUAAAGUACAAACUAAAAAAGAUUUAUAUAUUGUGUUUUAGGCUUGUUACAUACGUACCAUUGCAGCGAAAUGAAUAUGAUCAUACUUUACGUGUAAAUAUGACACUAAAUGGGAUGAAUUUGUGAGGGUCUGUCUGUGUAAACAGAUUAAUACUGAAAAUCAACAAGAUUUUGUUUUUCAUUAAAAUGAAAAUGAUUCGAUACUAAAGGCGGCAUGAGAUCAAUGCUGUACGGCUGUAAUAUAAUAUUGUUUCUAAAUGGAUACGAUGGUUUAAAAUCAGCUCUUUAUUUUAGCAGAUGGCGAACAGAAUGUUUCUGUCCUUGUUUCUUUAGUUCGACAGAAGCGUUUAAGCGAAUCCCUGAUGUGUGACUGUUCUGAUUAAACUCUGCUUUUCUUUAUCUGUGCCGUGUUGAGACAUCUGGAGUAUAUAGACAUGUAUACAGUAUAUUUUUGACGAAACAAUAUAUAUUUUAAGGGAGUUGUUAAGGCAGGUUUGUCAUUGUUCUGUAAAAAAACAAAAACAAAUUUAAAUGGGGAACAAAAUGAUCCUGUCGCCAGACUGACUGCGAUCACUGUUGCGAUCAUUGCUUUAAAAUGAUUUUUGGAAAUGUGCCGUUAUAUUCGGAGGGCACAAACCUACCGGUGGAUGAAAUUCAAAAGAAAAAUCAUUCGUGUCAAUUCUUGGCGAGAUGUCAAUUCAUAUUCAGUCCUACAGCCUCUUAGCAAAAAGACAAAGAAAAUUUGAAUCUUAAUGUACCGAGGUACAAAGUGCCCCCCAAAUAGUCCCCAACACAGUACAGAAUUAUCAAAAAACUGCUGUGGGAUUGUUGAGUGUGUGUGUGUGUGUGUGUGUGUGUGUGUGUGUGUGUGUGUGUGUGUGUGUAGCCUACAUGUACAGUAAGUUUGAGAUUUUUGGCUAUACAGUAACACAAAGAAAGUAAGGGGAGGGUGUGGGGUAUGAAAUAAAAAGCGUUUGAUUGACAAACAAGCUUCAUAUGCACUUGAGUGCACAUCUAAAACAAAUAUAUUAUAAAAAGAGUAGCACUUGACCGACAGCUUAUGCUGUUUCACCUGACUUUGAUAAAACAUUGUGAUUUGAUCACCUCUGGAAUAAGCAGAGAUCUGCGUCAUCUCAUUGUUGCUUUGAUGUAAGGCUCACCUCCCUUUUGUAGACUGCUGUAAGGUCCAGAUAUGCUAAUGCUGUGCUUGUUUCCUGAUCAAUAAAACCACUUCAAUUUUUACCGUU